AAACAAGUAAUUGACCAAUUGGAUUUGCUAAAAUCAUAGAUUAAAGGAAUUGGUGUAAUCAAGGAGCAAGUGGAUUGUAUGACAAGUCACUUUAACAAGUAAUUGAUCCGACUGCUUUCAAUGCGAGGAGCAAAAGUGCAGUAACAUUUUCUUUUUUAUUUUCUGUGGUUUGUUUUUGAGUUUUGUGAAAUGAACGAAGAUUUAGAACGUAAAAACAAUACAGCUGAUGCACAGGACGGGAUCGAUUUUUCAAAACGAUUUGACCCAUUGAUAAACACAUCGAAUUCUUACAACUGUGAUAUACCUAACGGAACUUUUCCACAUGGCCAACACAGUUUUGUCAACAGUGCUAGAGAACUAGAAAGUGGAUAUAACGAAUUUAACAUUGACGUUGAGGAUAAUAGUAGUUCAGACAGUGUUGAUAAAAACUUUAAUUCAGAUCUAAACAGAGACAAUACCGAAUAUUCUAGUGAAGAAGGGCAAGAUUUUGAAGGCAAAAUCAGAACAAGGAGAGGAAGUCCACAUAAAACAAUUAGACUGAACGUGAACGCACGAGAAAGAAGGAGAAUGCAUGACUUGAAUGAUGCACUAGACGAUUUGAGGUCUGUCAUACCUUAUGCUCAUAGUCCUUCUGUUCGGAAACUUUCUAAAAUCGCCACUCUUCUUCUAGCCAAAAAUUACAUUCUUAUGCAAGCAAAUGCACUUGAAGAAAUGAGAAGAAUGAUUGCGUAUAUGAAAUCAACAUCACCCAGUCGUUACGAACCAUACUCAGCUGCAUACCAAAGAUUACAUGACAUACCGCGUCUUCCCGGCGUUCCCAGUCAAACACCGGAAACGUCUGCCACCUUUCAAGGAACAAACUGUGAACUCCCUUAUAAUGGGAAAAAGGUAUAAAACUUAUCCGCGAAUAAGUAUUAUCGAAAACAAAAGAAAUAUUAUGUGACGAAUAACUCUGAUUUUAUAGGGUUUGAAGAAAUAUUAACUUUUGAUUAUUUUGUAAUUGACUACUUUUUGUGUAAAAAGUGCUGCAGUUUAUAUUAUACAAAAGUAAGUUAUCAGAUGUUUCAAUUAUGAUACUCAAAUAAUGUUCUACAAGUCUACAAG